CUUAUUUUGAAGUUAGACUGAGUUCCGGUGUGCAGCGCGCGACGUUUGUUUUCUAAGCAGGGCAAAGUAAACUAGCUAGCAGGUUGACUCUUAUUUAAACUUCUUUAUCAUUUCAUAUCGUGGUUUUGUGGAAUGUCGUCAACAUUUUGUCAAUAGUCGCAUUGAGACAUGAAAGUCAACACUACGCCGCCAUGCUGUGCCACAUAACAAAGUUGAGGGGUUACUUAAAUCACCUGGAAUGGACUUACCCUCUAAAAACAUGUACGAGACAUUUAAAGAUGAAAUCUGGAAAGACUUGGGACCCUUGGAUCCCGACUGGUUUGAGACACUGACAUCUCAAAUGUUCACUGAGGGCAAUGUCUCUGAUCAAGAUGACCUGUGUGGGAACCAAGAGGCCAACUUUAAAACACCCUUUGACAAAACUGCAGUAGACAGUCAGCUGUUCUCAACCCCCAAAGUCUUCAGGCACAGACGAGUUGUGUCUCCUGAAACUGAGGAUGAGCAGUCAUUCACUGGUGAACGAGAAAAGGAAACAUUGCCGUGGGCGACAACACAAAGUCCAUAUUUGUUCCAGACGUCAAAAGAGAGGAUCCCAGGUGCAAAAUAUGGAGGUUUUCAUCCUCGGAGUCAGGACCGUUUUGAUCUGCUUCACACCCCACACACAUCCCCAGUCAGCUAUGACAACCAAAUGUCUGAAUGUCUCAGAGCCCAGCUUCAUCCUGAUAUGUCAUGGACCAGUUCUCUGAAUACCCCACCAGCCGUACCAUCCACCCUCAUUUUGUCUAAAAGUGAUGACAGUCCCUUUCCAGUGAGUGUUUCUGCAGACAGAAAUGUUGUGUUUGUACGGAAGCUUUUUCCGUCUCUUUCAAAUGCAUCCAGAGUUGGAGCGGUGUCGCCCAAAAACAAUGACCUACCUACCAUCCUCCAAGGUGCGGUUUCCGCUGAGGCUGUUCAGAACACAGAGUCCCACGACUCCCCCCACAGCUCACUGAAUCACAGCGACCUUGUGUGGAAACGGACUCUACCGGAUGCUAUCGAGGAUGGAGAAAUUCGCAGAACAGUAGCAAGUGUUCUUGAUGGAGCUGAAAAUGUUCUGUCUAUAUUUUUCACCAACAGUAGCUCAGCGCUGAGGAAAGUGAAAACUGACAGAACCAAAAGAAAGCACAUCAUUCCAACAAAAGAACAUGGCUGCAGCUCUACGGACGUCUCAUCAACAAACAACGCUGUGUCCAGUAAACAGAUAACAGCUGAUCAGCACCCUGGCAGGCUUCCCUCACCCCCACCGGUGAAAACUGUAGAGAGUGGAAUCACCCAGUGGUCUCCAUUGAGUUUAUCUGAACUCCCACCUUGUACUGUGCAAACUUCUUGCCGUGAUGAUAGUCCUGCUCUACAAGUGCAAAACAAUAUUCCAACAGAACACCUGCAGCAUGACUCUGACUCUGGCCAGCUGGUAGGCAGGCCACCUAUGAAACACACAGACUCUGGAUUUACCAAGAAAAAGAGAACAUUUGUUUACACUGUUGAGACCUCAAAACUGCAAGUUCAAGGAAAAGAAACGCAGUGUCCGAGGAUGGACGCAGUUCCAGAUUCUGGACAAGAAGUCCCGAAAGCCCCGGACGAAGCGGACUGUUGCAGUGUCGGGAUGAAUGAGAUGCAGAAACGGGGAAAUCUACGUCCUUCUUUACAAGCAAAAAUCCAGGAUCUUGACAUGUCGCAGCUUUGCAAAGAUUUCGCACAAGAUUUCAGUCAAAUGUCCGACCCCUGUAAGCUGAGUAAAGUACCAGAGGAUGCUCCUGGAAACGGCUUCUCGCCAUCGGCUUGUCUGUCGGCCAUGAAGCGAGCCAAGCAGAAGGCAAUGCAAGCAAAGCCUCACCGUGACAGCGCCGGUGACAGAAGACACGUUUCUACCGCUCAUCAAAACAACACCAUCAAUGAGGGAACAAUAAGUGACGGUGGAUUCCAGUCUGCUGCUGCAGAUAGCGCUCACGGUACUGCACCGUCAUUUGUUCUUCCCAGCUCAGAGAUCGGUGGUCGUCAGUGGGCCGAUAAACAAAGGACCGCUCCUGUCACAUCUACAAAUAAAGGGAACGGAAAAGCCCAUCUGGAUGAUAUUUUACAAGCGGCCGAAACGGAUGCCAAGCGGCCCAGUGCAAUCGGGGAAAGCCAGACCCUGGGCCCUGGCAGAGAGAGUGAGUUGCACAUAGAGAGCACAUCAGCACGACGGCCCAGCAGUGCAAAAGAAGCUGUCGGAAACGGUAAUCGCAGUUCCCUUAAUGGUCAAGCUCGUGGCAAUCUGCCAGAGAAAACGGUUUCUCUUCCUUCCGUCCAUCCAUCAGGAUUCAAAACAGCUUCAAAUAAGGGUAUAUGCAUUUCCUCAACCAACCUGGAAAGAGCCAAGCGUCUCUUUGAAGAGACUGAAGGGGAAAGAACUUCAAGUGGCCGGCCCACCAAAUGUGCCCACGACACUAAAGAGGAAAUGAGUCCUGGAUCAGUAAAAAAUCCACCCGCUAACUCAAACCAGCCACUUUCUGCAAGUGAAAGAAAUGAGGAUAUCUGUUGCCAGUUAACAGCUUCACAAAGAGCUGAUGUGACGGAGCUGUGCACUCUCUUGGAAGAAGCAGAUAGCCAGUUUGAAUUCACGCAGUUUAAAACUGAAAAGCCGAAACAAAACUGUCCCGAUAAUGCCUUCUCUCCCCUAAAAGUUGACAGAGAGCUUGACCCACAUUUUCUUUCGGGUAUAGAUUUUGAUGACAGUUUUAGUUCAGAAGCUGAAAAGGCAGCAACCGUGAUGCCUGACGAAACGACCUCCAUUUCAGAUGGUAAAACGAACCGCGAAACAUCCGACGUCACGUGUAAAUCCACAGGUUUGUCGUUGUCGAGCGUAAUGAAAAAAGAAAACUCCUCUCCUGACGAGGUUUCUACCUCUUCAAAGCACAUCUCCGAAGGCAGUCGUAGUGUUAUGUCAGCUGGACCCAAAAAGCUUGACGGAGCUGUGCACGGUGAAACGAGCAAGCUGCAGAACACACAUCCUUUCAUGCUCGGUGUGGGGUUCAAGACCGCAGGAGGAAAUGUUUUGAGGGUUUCGAAAAAGUGUCUGGGCAAAGCUAGAGCUUUGUUUGCAGAUUUGGAGGAGAAUCUCGUGACGAGUCAAACGGCACCGGACAAGCAAAGUAGCGAAACGGAUGCUAAAAGACAGCCGAGGUGCAGUGUGGAUAAUCCCACGGGUAACUUUCUGCCUCAUGGGGAGGAUGAUUCUACGUUCACAGGUUGUGGUAACGAUGCUGAGGGGAGGGUUCAGGGCGGUUCUUCCAACAUGAAGGACAGACGGGUCACAGGCAUUAGAGAUGAAGAGGCUGCAAAAAGUUUGAUGAACAGCAAAAGGGACACAGUCGCGUGUCAAAGCGGGUUCCAGAUGGCCAGUGGGAAAGGGAUUUCUGUUUCAGCUAAAGCUAUGCGAGAGGCAGAUGCUCUCUUCAGAGACUGUGAUGCAAUUGACAGUAACGCUGGCGUGUCAGUUAAACAUAAAGAGAUCUUAGAAGCCUUGCCCGGAAGUGUCAGUCACAAGGAAACCCUUCCAACAUGUGAAGUUCAAGGGAUGAAAGUAAACUUUUCUAAAGAACCAAUCGGUGAGUUUGAAAAUGUGAGCGCUGGACCAGCUGCGCGCCUUACAGAGUUUGUACAGCAUAACGAGGAGAUUCACAAUUUGGGUUUUAUGAAAACACUGGCUUUAACAAACCCGUCUGCAAAGGCACUUUCAUCUCUCUCAUGCACAACAUCAGAGAAUAUCGGCUCCUCUACCAUCAAUACAUUGAGCAGUGUUGGUGGAUUUUGUACAGACAGUGGGAGCAAAGCGUCCAUAUCAGCUGACACACUGAAAAAAGCAGAGCGUCUCUUGAAUGAAAGUUGUACACCUGAGGACGCAAACAAACAACUGAAAAGAAAAGGGGAUGCUUUAAGAACCGGCCAUCUCUGCAACCAAAGUCAGGUUUCAACACCUAGAAGUGGUGGAUUUCAGACAGCCAGCGGCAAAGGAGUGGCCAUUUCAUCCGCAGCUCUCAAGAAGGCAAAAUUGCUGUUGAGUGAAUGCGAUGAAGUUGAGGAUCACAUCUUUGUUAAACCAACCCAUUCCAAGAUGCCGGUUCCUGGUCCAACACCCAGGAAUAGUGGAUUUCUUGCAGCCAGUGGGAAGCAAGUGGCCUUGUCAUCUGAGGCCCUCCAGAAGGCAAAAGCUCUCUUCAGUGACAUCGGGUUCAAUGCAGAGAUCCCAGCUGUUCCAGAUGCAAGGAACGGUGACGAGACACGAGACAAUGCCGACAACACAGAGAAAACACAUUGUGGUUUCACAACUGCAGGGGGAGCAAAAGCCCGCGUGUCACAGAAAGAUCUGUCGAAAGCAAAAGACCUUACGACAGGAUUCGAUGACUGUUCUAUUUCAGCAACAGCAAUGCAAGAAGCGGACGCUUUCUUCGAGGACUGUGCCAUGAUGGAUGGUAACGAUGGCAUGUCAGUAAAACAGAAGAAAAGUAAAGCACCUGUGUGCGGAAGUGGCAGCGAGAAGAAAAACCUUUCAAAAUGUAAAGAAGAUCAGAGGUUGGACAUAAACAUCUCUGAAGAGCUCGGAGGGGGACACACUGAGUUUGAAAAUGUGAACACGGGGUUAGUUGAAAACCAUGAGAAGAUGCAUCCUGAUGAUGUGGAGAGUCACAAAGGUGUUUUUAAGAAUACAUUUGAUUUUUCCAACGCAGCUGCUUUACAUGGAAAGCCAUCUUUGGUGACGAAGACUCUUUCUGCCCUGCUGUGCACAACAUCAAAGAACAGUAGCUCCUCCGCCAUGAAUGAGAUGAGCAAAGCUGGUGGAUUCUGCACCGCCAGCGGGAAAAAAGUAUCCGUGUCUGAUGACGCAAUGACAAAAGCAAAGUCUCUAUUGAAUGAAAGUGCUACAUUUGAGGACACAAACAGACAACUGAAACAAAAAGAAAACACUUUUCCACCACAGAGUGGUGGAUUUCAGACAGCUAGCGGCAAAGGAGUGGCCGUUUCAUCCGCAGCCCUAAAGAAAGCAAAAACUCUGUUGAGUGAAUGCGAUGAAGUUGAGGAUCACAUCUUUGUUAAACCAACCCAUUCCAAGAUGCCGGUUCCUGGUCCAACACCCAGGAAUAGUGGAUUUCUUGCAGCCAGUGGGAAGCGAGUGGCCUUUUUAUCUGAGGCCCUCCAGAAGGCAAAAGCUCUCUUCAGUGACAUCGGGUUCAAUGCAGAGAUCCCAGCUGUUCCAGAUGCAAGGAACGGUGACGAGACACGAGACAAUGCCGACAACACAGAGAAAACACAUUGUGGUUUCACAACUGCAGGGGGAGCAAAAGUCCACGUGUCACAGAAAGAUCUGUUGAAAGCAAAAGAAAAACUGACAGAUUUAGCUGAUGUUGAACGUCAUGAUUCAAACUCGACAAGCCCACAUGACGGUAAGUCAGAUCUAUCAAAAGUGAAGGGUGUGAAGACACCUUGUAAUCCCACCACAGCCAGGUACAAGGACAGGUUUAGUGCCCCUCACGUAGUUAAAUCUUUAUCCUCUUUACAAGAGACUCACCAUGAAAAUAAAACAAGUGUACCCCGUUGCAUUUUUAUCAAAGACCAGGAACAUGCAGAUGCAUGUGGGGUCAGAGAAGACAAAAUGACCCCACCGGUGUUGGGCAACCUCCAUGAUGGCCCUGUAGAGGAAAUGUCAAGUGUAAAGCAGACAAGCAGCAGAGCGGGAUCUACGGUCAAAGGGCCACAGGUGUCUUCAGUUCUAAACUUCCAGUCACUUAACCUGAGUGGCUGCACUGAAACCCAGCAGAGGUUCUUUGCCCAGGAAGCGCUGGACUGCACUAAGGCUUUGUUAGAGGACGAAAGUCUAGCUGCCCAAAGUCUCUCAAUGACUUUAGAAAAUGUGCCACUGCAAGAAAACCCCAAAUCCAGCCAGAGGUCUGUAGAGGAACGACGGGGCACAGACAAAAGAUCAAUAGAGGACCCGGAUAUGACUGGUCAGCCUCCCCUGAAAAGACGAUUACUGGAAGAAUUUGACAGAACUGCUGAUGGUUCAACACUCCAUCCGGAAAAGAGUUGUCCAAACGGUGUGAUGAAAGACAGAAGGAUCUUUAAGUACAGUGUCUCUCUCCAUCCAAACAUCACGAGGCCACACACCAAUGGAAAAAAAUAUAUGGAAACCAGAUUGCAAAAUACAACACCAACACAAUACUCAACCCCAGGAGAAAUCAGAUCGGCACAUUCCAAGAAGCCAGCGUUCGUUCCUCCUUUCCUCAGCAACACAAAGACAGAGAGUCACAAGGACACGAUGCUCAAGGACAACAUGCGAACACCUUCUGCAUUUGUUCCUCCAUUCAAAAGACAAAGACCUGGUGUCCAAGAGAGCUCCUCUGAACCACAGGUGGAGGAGAAGGAGGAUAAACACCACCAUCCCUUUGUAACGCCCUUUAACAGCAACGCUUAUGUACCGCCCACUAAGAAAACACAGUGCACUACAGGAUUAACUGGUCAUAAAAGCACAGAAGACGUUGAGGCGGUGGCCUUGGCUGACAAUACAAGUGUCAAACUGAUGAAGAAUCAAAAGCUCCCUGUUGGCUGUGGAUCAGAGGACACUGCUGCAGAGACAUCACAUGUGGAGGACUCAUUGUCCACAUGUCAAGAUAUAUUUCAGAAUCUUCAUAAUGUAGAGCUGGCACGAGAUAUGCAAGACAUGAGGAUCAGGAAAAAGAAGCGACAGACCGUUCGACCUUUGCCGGGAAGUUUGUUUCUAACCAAGACCUCGGGAGUGACGAGGAUACCGUUGAGGGCUGCAGUGAACGGAAGGCCUCCUGCAAGAUACACCCCGAAACAGCUGUAUGGACAUGGAGUUCAUCAGCAUGUGUGUGAGAUCUCCAGUGAGACUGCAGAAUCUUUUCGCUUCAGUUUGAAGCAGUUCAUCAAACGGAAAGCUUUUCUCGACGGAGGCGGGGUUCAGCUUGCCGAUGGAGGAUGGCUGAUCCCCAGCAAGGAUGGGACGGCAGGGAAAGAAGAGUUUCAUAGAGCAUUAUGUGACACCCCAGGUGUGGAUCCUAAACUGCUCUGUGAGGGCUGGGUGGACAAUCACUACCGAUGGGUUGUGUGGAAGCAAGCGUCCAUGGAAAGAUCAUUUCCAGAAACAAUGGGCAGCCUCUGUCUCACCCCAGAGCAGGUUCUCCUGCAGCUCAAGUACAGAUAUGAUGUCGAGGUGGACCACAGCCGCAGGCCGGCUCUGAGGAAGAUCAUGGAAAAGGAUGACACGGCAGCCAAAACCCUCGUCCUCUGCGUCUGCGGGGUCGUCUCCAGGGGUCAGACCCCCAACAGACGGAGUUUCAACGACACCAAGACCCCACGAGGUGCCGACGCCAAGGUAGAAAACCCCUCUGCAGUUGUCUGGCUGACAGACGGAUGGUAUGCCAUUAAAGCCCAGCUGGAUGAACCUUUGACCGCCAUGCUGCACAGCGGUCGCGUAGCUGUCGGUGGCAAACUGAUCAUCCAUGGGGCUCAGCUGGUGGGAUCACAAGAAGCCUGCUCCCCUCUGGAGGCCCCUGAAUCUCUCAUGUUGAAGAUUUGCGCCAAUAGCAGCAGACCCGCACGAUGGGAUGCGAAGCUGGGAUUUCACAAGGAUCCAAGGCCGUUCCUGCUUCCUGUCGCCUGUUUGUACAGCAGCGGAGGACCAGUGGGAUGUGUGGACAUUGUCGUACUGAGAAGCUACCCCAUACAGUGGAUGGAGAGGAAACCAGACGGAGGCGUUGUCUUCCGAUCCGUUCGUGCCGAAGAGAAGGAGGCGAGACGAUACAACGGCCUCAAGCAAAAAGCGAUGGAGAUCCUGUUCACCAAGAUUCAAGAAGAAUUUGAAAAGGAGGACAAAGGUAAUAAUAAACCUCAGCGUGGAAGACGGAGCAUCAGUUGUCAGGGUGUUGCAAGUCUUCAAGGUGGAGAGGAGCUCUAUGAAGCAGUGGGGGAUGACCCAGUUUACCUCGAGGCUCAUCUGGGUGACCAUCAGUUGGAGACUCUACGCGCCUACAGGUGUUCUCUGAUGGAGAAGAAGCAGGCCGACCUGCAGGAUCGCUACCGACGAGCUUUAGAAAGUGCAGAGGACAGCGAAGGGAGCUGCCCCAAGCGAGACGUUACACCUGUGUGGCGACUCUGUGUCGCUGACUCCACGGACCAACGUGGCACUGUUUACCAGUUAAACCUUUGGCGACCGUCCUCAGAUCUUCAGUCUUUCCUGAAGGAAGGCUGUCGAUACAAAGCCUAUAAUCUCACCACUUCGGAUGGAAAGAAACACGGUGGCAGCACGACUGUUCAGCUGACUGGGACAAAGAAAACGCAGUUCCAGGACCUACAGGCUUCUCAGGAAUGGUUAUCCACACAUUUUCAACCGAGGGUCUCUACCUGUUUUGUGGAUCUUCAAAACCCAGAAUUCCAGUCGCUGUGUGGAGAAGUUGAUCUCGCAGGAUAUGUAAUCAGUAUCAUAGAUGGACAGGGUUUCUCUCCUGCAUUCUAUUUGGCCGAUGGGAAACUCAACUUUGUCAAAGUGCGCUGUUUCACCAGCUUUGCUCAGUCUGGCUUGGAGGAUUUGGUAAAACCACGUGUCCUGUUGACUCUGAGCAACCUGCAGCUGAGAGGUCAGUCCACGUCUCCCACUCCUGUUGUGUUCGCCGGAGAUCUGACCAUCUUCUCAACAAACCCCAAGGAAGGCCAUCUACAGGAAUCACUCAGCCGAAACAGAAACCUGGUCCAGAGUCAGGAAAACUUCUUUCUAAUUGCUGAAGAGAAGCUUUCAUAUUUAGUAACAUCUGAUGGCCUGAGGUCCAUCUCCUCUCCAGCUCUGCAAACACGAGCCCCAGCUUUUACAACAGUCAGAAGACAAGACACAAAAGUGACUUCUCAGCUGCCAGUCAGAAGCCUCGGAUCCUUCACACCUGUCAGCAGGAAACCUCCUGCAGCAAACUGUUCGACAGAGAAAGACCCUAUCGGCGUGAAGAGGAGGAGAGCUCUGGACUAUCUGUCUCGUAUCCCGUCUCCACCACCUGUCCUCCAUCUGGGCCCAGUGGCUUCUCCAUGUGUAAAUAAGACAUUCAACCCCCCUCGGAGGUCUGGGACACCUAGCACUUUAAAAACUGUACAGACUCCAGCUCGCAAACCUGUCAAUUCACCGGUGGAGGAUGAAUGGGUGAAUGAUGAGGAACUGGCUAUGAUUGAUACUCAGGCAUUGCAUGUUGGUGAUUUACUGCAGGUACAUAAGACUGUAUGAUGCCAAACACACUACAACUUUUAAUACACUGUACAAAUAAAUGAAUGUUCAGGCUGCAU